AUAUUUAUUUGUAAACAAACAUGACUAUAAAAAAUAUAAAAUAAAAAUGAUAUUUUUAACCUUUGCAAGAUCUAUUGUAGAUAAUAAUGAUCACUGAUAAGUGAAAUACUACACACUACAGGAAUUAUUUUCGAUAUUCUAUUAUUAUGUCGUCUAAAAUUGUAGUUGUGGGCUCUUGUAUGAUAGAUUUUGUCAGCUAUGCCUCAAGAUUACCCACAGCAGGAGAAACCAUACACGGAGAUAAGUUUGUAACAAAUUUUGGGGGAAAGGGUGCCAAUCAGUGUGUUGCUGCAGCAAAAUUAGGGGCAGACACAACUUUGGUUGCUCGAGUAGGUAACGAUAUAUGGGGUGAAAAAUAUAUAGACAACCUUGACUCUGCAGGUGUAAAUACUGAGUUUGUAUUGAUUACACCAAAUUCUAGUAGCGGAAUAGCACAAAUAAAUGUUGCAGAGUCUGGAGAGAAUCAAAUUGUUAUUGUAGCUGGAGCUAAUAAGCAAUUGAGCGUUUCUGAUAUAGAAGAUGCAAAAAAGUCUAUUUCUUCUGCAGAAGUAUUGAUAAUGCAAUUAGAAACUCCGCCAGAAACCGCUAUUAGAGCUAUGGAGCUAUGUACGGGGAUAUCUAUACUAAAUGGAGCACCUGCAUUAAGUACCUAUGACCCAAAAUUACUAACUUUACCAACAAUAUUUUGUAUUAACGAAACAGAAGCAUCAAUCUUUACAGGGUUACCUGUUAACAAUACUGGGGAUGCCGAAAAAGCGGCAAUAGACUUAGUUACAAAGGGAUGCAAAAGUGUAUUGAUAACGUUGGGUGAACAAGGGGCUGUUUAUCACUCCGGAGAUUGCGGAUGUAAAGUUUUGAAAAUAGAGUCCCCAAAAGUGAAGAGCCUGGAUACAACAGGUGCUGGUGAUGCUUUCAUCGGAGCACUGGCCUAUUUUAUAGGCGCCAAAAAGGUAUCUAUGGAAAAAGCUAUCCGGGCAGCUUGUUUUGUAGCUGCAGAUUCUGUGACUAAAUUGGGGACACAAAUGAGUUUUCCUGGGCCAGAGAUACUUAAAAAAAUUGAUCUUUUGUGAUAACAAUAUGUGUAGAUUAAGUAUAUGUACUUAAUAUAUUUUUAUAUUUCUUUAAACUGUAUUGAACAUGUAUUGAACUGUAUAUUUGA